AUGAAUGGUUUUCCAAAUGUCAGGAUAACAUCGUUUGAACUUCCAAGUGAUGCUCCAGGUGGUGGAAUUAACGUUGCCCUUGGUACAGUCCUUGUAUCGCCUUCUCCGAUUGGUGUCCAGCUUGGUACUAUAAAUCUUGCCAUUUCCUACGACAGUGUCGACCUUGGAGUGGUUUCAGCUGAUAAUAUAACCCUACAGAGUGGCGACAACGACAUCCUUCUCAAAGGUGUUCUGAAGCCUCAGUCCGACCCGGUUGCAUUAGAAAAAGUCGGUGUUCUUUUCUCAAACUAUGUUUCCGGAAAGAUUUCACAAACAACUGCCACUGGUAUCUCUGCAGCUCCGGAUGGUCAAAACGCAAUUGGCUGGCUUUCCCAAGGAUUCGAAUCCGUUCAGUUACAUGUAGACUUGGCAGCCAAUGGUCCCAUGAAAAUUAUAAGCGCAGUCAACAUGGGCUAUCUUGAUCUUCAGUUUAACCAAGAUUCUCCCUACGAUCCUACCGUUAAU